AUGAGGAAUCAGAUUCGUAGGAGGGGUACAAGGAGGAAUCCGAUUCGUAGGAGGGAUACAGUGAGUGAGAUUCCAGACGAGUUGCUGUUGACGAUACUGUCUUUUCUUCCUAGUAAAGAUGUUGUAGCCACGAGUGCCAUUUCAAAACGGUGGAAGUCUCUUUGGAAGGAGGUAAAGACAUUCAGAUAUGAUGAUUCAUAUCCUCUCACUUUUAACAUGUUUGCGCUAUUCAUUAGAAGCAGAUCAAGUGUAGACAUCUUGCAGCUCAAGUUGAACCCAGGUUUUUCGAGAACAAAUAUCAACCCUUUGGUUAAGGAUGCAGUUGCUCGCUCUUUGAGAGAACUGAGAAUAGAGAUGCUUUACAUAUCCUUUGAGUUGCCCCAAUGCUUGUAUUUCUAUCCACAACUUGAAACCCUCAUACUCCAGAAACUUAGUCUUGUGGAUAUUCCAUCUAACGUUUCUUUGAUUGGUGUCAAGAAACUCCACAUUUUAUCGGUUAGAUUCUCAAGCGACGAAUCAGUGAUUAAGCUUCUAAGCAUAUGCCCACUUCUUGAAGACUUGGUAGUGAGAAGAAGCCUAUAUACCAAUGUGAUGAUAUUUACUAUUGAUGUUCCUACACUGAAGAAUUUAUGUAUCUAUAAUUCGUGGAAGUCAAGGCCUGAAGGUGUUCAUGGGUUUGUGGUUAAUGCACCUUCUUUGAGGUGCUUUAACAUUAAGGACAGCUUCAGCAACUAUUUACGGUUUGGUAAUAUGCCGGAGCUGGUCAAGGCGAGUGUCAACAUCGUGUGUGACCAACCUGAGGACAUUCUAGGAUCUCUUGCCUCAACAAGACAUCUCUCUCUGUGUUUACAGUCUCCAUAUCUUCAUCUUGCUACUUCGUUCCUCUUUCUUGACCACCUAGAGCUAUUUUCAUGUCCUUCCCAGUGGUGUAAUUUACUCAAAGACGCUCCAAUACUCCGAGUUCUCAAGUUGUAUCAGAAACACUCUCAGUCCAACGACGUGACUUAUUCAUGGAACCAACCAAUUUCUGUUCCUGAAUGUUUAAUGUCCCAUCUGGAGAGCUUCGAGUGGAGACAAUGGCACCGACCAAGAGAGAGAAGCUGCAAAGUACAUCCUAAGAAAUGCGAGUUGUCUAAAGAAGGCGUCGUUUUACUCAAAAUCUGCAAGGAAACAUGA